UCCAACAUAGACAAUUGAUUCUAUGAUUCUAUGAAUUAUUCCAUGAGCCUACACUCGGAGAAAACCACUGCCACCCAGACCUGUCGGGUGGCAUCCCUGGCUGCACGCCUUCAUUUCGGGAUAACGAGCCACGGUUGUCAGGGAGGUUGCCAGGGAGGCUGACAUCAGACAUCCCUUCCCUAUAGAUUUUUUUGUGCAGAGCAGCAGCAGCACCAUCAGUUCCUAAUCCGCAAACGAGACGGGAGGGCACCCAGAGGAAGCCCCGGAGGGUGUUUUGCGUCACCAGCCCGGGUUGCCUAGCACCGCUGGGAGACCGUGGAGAGGGGGCACCAGCUCUGGGAGGGCUUGGAGGCUUUUUCCCCCUUGUGUUGUCCUGUUUGAGAGCCAGACGUUGCUGAGGACGUAGCAGAGGAGCAACCCGAGGUGAUGGCAGCCGCGGCAGGGAUGCUCGAGCUGCCCUUCGUCCGCGACGACCAGCUCACCCGCUGCAUGCGACUGCGGUUCCAGAGCCUGCAGCAAAAAAACGUCAGGCCCCAGGACGGCGAGAAGCUGCUGCGUCCCAACGAGCACGUCUACCGAGUGGAUUUCACCCGGCAGCACAACCUGCGCUUCCUCCGCUGGAACAUCCAACUGGAGAGACCCGGGAAGGUCACGGUGACCGGCACUUCCCAGCACUGGACUCCUGAUCUCACCCACCUGAUGAACCGGCAGCUGCUGGAGCCGGUGGGCAUCUUCUGGAAGAAGCCAGGGGCCAAGGAGGUGGAGUGCAACGAGGCGGACGCCCAGGAAUUUGGGGAGAGGAUAGCGGAGUUAGCCCAGAUCCGCAAGGUGAUGUAUUUCCUCCUCGCUUUCGCCGACGGCCUCGAACCAGCUCAGCUGAAGGGCUCCAUCGUUUUUAAAGCCUGAUCCCCUCUUGCUCAGCCCUUCUCACUCCAGCUGUGCUUUUGUCUUCAUUUUUUUUUUCUUUCUCGCAGUUCAGUUUUUACACGGUUCUUUUAUCUUUUUUUAUGAGGGAUGGUGUCACGGAAAAGUGGAGGACAGCUUAGAACUUCUGGAGCCCCUCAGCCCUGAGAAAC